AUGCAAAACCCACAAUACAGCGGUGUAAUGGGACAAAGUACCCUUAGAAACAACAUGGUACGCACCGUGCCAUCUCCAAAUCAGAUCACAAUGAUUCCGGUGCCCCAUCUUCAGGCUCAUAAAGGCGAAAAGCGAACAUUGCGAAACACUAGCCCGCUACGGAAAUCUCAAGAUUUCGAAGGAAGCAAGCCCACAAAUACAGGAAAGUCAGGAGCGGGAGCUAACGGGCAUAGCAAUUCGAGGCAGCGGUGGGUAGACGUGAAAAUCAUUGAUGACAUAAAAUGCCCUACCUCAAAUUCCGAAAAACCUAGAUAUUUGACGGUACCCGGUAAAUUUGAUGUCAAAAGAGGAAGAUCGGGCCUUAUAAUAGGAAGCAGUUCGAGAGUGGCUUACUACAGGCUUGCGGAAGUCCCAUUCCAGGGGAAAAAUACUAAGAAUGAGCUUUUGAGGAGUAUAAUCGACGCUGCGCAACCUGGGUUCUUCAGGAAACAACCAAUAGGCGUCUCGGACGACCCCAAAUACCUGGUGAGUACUCUAAAGGAGCUGCCGAAUGCUGUACACGAGUACGCAGACCGAGUGAGCGGGUUUACUUUAAAGAAUUCCAAGGCCAAUCCCCUCGCCAGAUUAGCUCUUCAAGAAUCCGCCGAAGUCAACGAAAGUGUUGAUCUAAGUUUUGACGGUAAGGCGAUGAACAAAAGUGACAUCUUCAAGAUGGUGGACUCUUUCUCGUUGUUUCCAGAUGACGAUACUGACGAAGACGAAGCCCCUCAUUUCCACAUGGGGUCUAUUUUGCCACCAGAAAUCACCAACAGCACAGUACCGGACCUUUGA